CCCCAACUGACGGCCGCCCUCUCACCGCCCAUGCUCCCCCCUGACGGCCACACAAACACACACAUGCGCACGCAUGCACGCACGCAUCCUGGCCCCGAUCGUCGGCCCAGAUUCGCCAAUAUGUUAUCGAUGGGGAUAUUGACAUGAUCCGGUCCCUGGCCGAGACCGGGGCCCUCACGCCAACCUCCCUGCGGAAUAUCAACCCCGACAACGGCUGGUCCUCCCUUCAUUAUGCCAUCUGCUUCGGGCACUUCUCCCUGGUGGAGCUCCUGCUGGAGCAGGGCCACGAGUCGGAGUUUGUCUCGAAGGACAUCCAGCUCCGCACGCCUCUCAUGUUCGCUUGCAUGUAUGGCUUUCCAGAUAUCUUCAACCUGAUCAUGAAGUUCUCCCCGCACUCGCUGUGCAUGGUCGAUCACUCCGGCCACAAUUGCCUUUUCUAUGCCGCAAUCUACAAGCAGCCGGCGGCCCUGCGGCUGGCCCUAUCGACGCCCGAUCUGAAUGCACAGUUGCAAGAUCAAUCCGGCAACACGGCCCUGCACUAUGCCUCAUCCCAUGGUUUUGUCGAAGGCGUCGAGCUCCUCAUCUCGGCCGGGCUCUCCUUCGACCAGCCGAACCUGCGUGGGUCCAGCCCGCGCGACUGGUUUGCCUACACCCCGGACCAGGUCUUGGCCGCAUUUCCCCACCUGGACUUGCCGCACCUUCGCGGGUUAAUCCCCGGCCUGUCUCCUCCGGCCGGGGGGGAAGAAGGUCGACCGGCCGGCGCGACCAGGCCCGGCAGCAUGCCUCGUUCGGCGGGGGGUCCUUCGGCGUCGGGAGCCACCCAUCGCGGGAGCCCUCCAGCCGGAUUUCUUAGCCCGACUGCCGCCACCUCCACUGUCACUCCUGCACCCGCUCCCGCCAGCGGGUCUUCUUCUUCCUCCUCCUCCUCCUCCUCCUCUUCGGGAAGUAAGUUCCGUCAGUUUAUUCGCCUUGACAACAGCCUCAUUGGCCGGGUUCUUGGGCCCAGCAUUGGCGGUACGGCAUCCCUGGCUGGCACUUCACAUGCCUCAGCCCCGGGGGCUGGCGGUGGCAGCAGCGGCGGCAGUGGGUCACCCAGCGGCGCCGGAGAUCCCCAUCGAUUGCCGGCCGAGCCACCAGCCGGAGAUCUCCCCGCUGGGACAUAUGUUUUCCCCAAUAAAUAAACCCCAUUUCGUGGUGAAGGAAAUA